UGGGAGAGCUCUGGCGCUCUACAGGCUGCCUGCUGCUGCCAGAGCUCCUUUCAUUUUCACUUUCCUGGGUGUUGGGAGAUGUGCAGGUCUACCAGCCCGUACGUCGCCAAGGCUCCGGGUGCGUGUCUGCAGCAGCCUCCAGAAGGAGCCCCACCUGCCCAGGCGGCAGCGCAGAGCCCGGGAACCACAGCGGGGGAAACCUGGGGCUGGCAGCUGGAAACUGCUCCGUGCUGCUGUGGGUGCUGGGAACGAGCUGCUGCUGACCCCCCAUCUCCAUCACAGAUGCCCCGGGAGCCGAGGCAGCGCCGUGCCCCGCUGAUCCCCGAGGCCCGCGGCGGGCGGGCGCAGCGCGCUGUGUGCGUGCUGCUGGCGCUGUGCGCCGCGGCUCUGCUCCUCGCCGGGGAGUCCCUCGUGCCCACCGCCCGCAGCCUCAUCUUCCACUUCGCCACCCUGCAGAUCGGGGCGCUGCUCAAGGGCAUCUGCUACCUGGCCGAGGAGAUCUUCCACCUCCACUCCAGGCACCAUGGCAGCUUCUGGAAAGCCCUGAGCAGCUGCUUCCCCCCGCGCUGGCACGGGCCCAUGCUGCUCAUCUGUGGCUCAGCCUACGUGGCUCUCCUCGGUGAUGGGCAGCCACUCUGCCUCCACCUCAUCUUGGCCAGUCUGUGCCAGCUCCUCGUCCUUGCCCUGGGGCUCCACAAGCCCUCAGCAGUGGAGAUGUCUGAGAUGUCCGAGAGGUCCAAGCAGAACGUCGCUCAUGGGCUUGCCUGGUCCUAUUACGUUGGGUACCUAAAAAUAAUCCUGCCACGGAUGAAAAAGUCCAUGGAGGAAUUCUGCAGAGCCAAUCCCAACCUCCUGGCAUGCAGGAAGACCUGGAAGCUCCACAUCUUGAUCCCUCUGAGCUGUGAUGUCUAUGAUGACCUGGAGAAAGCUGACAGCAAUAUCCAGUAUGUGACAGACCUCACUGAAACCACCCUAGCCCGAGCUGGCACCAAAAAGAGGGUGUACAAACACAGCCUCUAUGCAAUCAGGGAUGAAGAAAACCAGCUCUGGUACUGUGCUGUGGAAUAUGCCACCCCGCUGCAGUCCCUCUAUGCCAUGUCCCAGGAUGAGUGUGCUGCCUUCAGCCGGGAGGAGCGCCUGGAGCAGGCCAAGCUUUUCUACAGGACCUUGGAGGAGAUCCUGAAAGGCUCCAAGGAGUGUGCAGAUGCCUAUCGGCUCAUUGCCUAUGAGGAGCCAGAAGAAGCAGAGACCUGCUUCUUGUCCAGAGAGAUCAUGUGGCACUUGCAGCAGGAGCAUCGCGAGGAGAUCACCAUGCUUGAGGGGAACCACCUGCACACCCCGUCCAUGGCCCUGGACUCAGCAGAGCUCAACCUCCAGAUCAGCGUGUCAGACCUGCCACAGCCACUGCGCACUGACGGCUUCUAGCACAGCCCCCACCGCCCCUCGGGGCUCCAGUCACCCUUCCCCAACCCCCUUCCUCUUUGGAGCACAUGCCGUCCAUGGCAGCAACCCCCAGCUCCCAGACAAACCUCCUGUGUACCAAAGUUACUGGAGCAGCUGACUCAGCCCACAGCCUUGUGACACGCUUCCCAUUUUUUUUCUUAUGUACAAGCUCAUAUAUUCUUCUGUGGGUUUAUUGGUUUUUUAUCUGCUUUGAUUUGUGUCAUAUAAAGCACUUUCCUCUGGGACCAGC